AUGCAAUCCCUCUUUGGCCCUCUCUUCAGCUCGAGGAAAGCAACGGACGAUGGCUGCAAUGCCUAUAAGGCCCCGGAGACCGUGGAAGCAACAAGAGAAGCAGUGGGGGCCUCCUGUAGUACAAAUGCUACACUAGACGCCGCGGAGGUGCGGCGCCUUGUGCGCCUCAACGAGUCCCUUCAGCGGCAAAUAAAUGAGCUGAGCGCGGAGGACGUGGUCCACAGCGAGGUGGCAGUGCAGCUGGCGGAGAAAGUUGUCGUUCUCCGCCGGCAGCUGCAGCGGCGUGAGGAGGAGAUGCAUGCAAUGAAUUCCUUCACCUUCACGACCGACGUCAGUGGCAGUUUGGUGGAAGGCUCGCCUAGCGCGGCGCGGUGCAACAGCAGUGUGUCACCAGUGAAAUCCGAAACCAAUGGCACACUGUACGCGACAGAGGAGGCCGCUGCAGUGCGACAGGGACGUGAUUCCUCUCUUGGUGCUCUGCGUGAUGCGGAGCCAUCGCUGCCUCACGGCAGCAACACCGAGUUACAGUCGAAGCUGGCGGAGAUGGAGGCGCAGAUGGCUGUGUGGAAGCGGCGUGUAAAGUCGGCGCUGAGAACCAGUCAGGAACGAGAGCGCUCUUUGCUCUCUGAGAACAUCACGCUGCAACAGACGACACAGGAGCUGCAGGAAAAGCUUAACGAGGCGACGUUUCAUAUCGAGGCGACUGCCCUGAGGAACGCACGACAGAGUACAAAGGUGAGUCGGGCGUGUCAGGUGGAUGCCACUUCGGAUGGCAUGAACUCUGGCAACGAUUCCUUCGGCGAGGAAAAUAAUCUUGAACUGACCGGCAGUUGUAGCACGCGCCAGCAGCGCCGCCACCACCACCGUCCCACGCGCAUGCCUUCAUAUGUUCUGGCGUCCUCCAGUGGCCUGACGGCAGCGUCAGCGGCGGGAUUUAGCGCAGAUCAGCAGCAGGAGCUUGUGACAGAAAACGGUGACGGUGGCGGCGGCAGUGCAAGCAGAAGCAGCCCUCUCAAUUUUCCUUACCCCCAGUUGCUACCUGUGAGCGGCAGCGGUGGUGCCCCGAUGCCGAUUUCCUCCUCCGACCCAGCAAGCCACUCAGAGGCGUCGCCGUUCAUCGUCGCCGUCCACUACAGCAACGCGGACGGGUGGAGUGUGGAGACGAAGCUGCGCGUGUUGCCCGGCAUGACGGUGGCGCAGCUGAAGGAGCGCUGCUGCUCGCGGUUUCACGAGCGCCACCUCAUGGUGCUGGACCCUGCCACUCUGUGUGUGCGCUUCCACCACGAGAAGUCGGGGCGGCAGGUGGUGCUCUCGGCGUACCGCGAGCUGCACUCCUUUGCACACUUCCAGCGCUGCGAGCGGGAGAAGACCCCCAUCGUGUUGUACCUCGCCCCUGAGGACAACUUAUCGAGACUUGUACACGACAUGAUGAAUGUUGCGAACGUGGCGCAGACCACCCCGCCCCGACAGCAAUCUGAGUGA